AUGAUGCGUAGACUCUCGCUCAGUUUUUCAGGCUUCUUUUUAGACAAAUGUGACUCCAUACAUCAGCGAACUACGGGGAAAAUUUUCAUCGAGGGACUUAUCACGAUCAUAGGUCGAGCCGUCGGACUAGACUUCCCUGCUCUCGAGUACAUACUUGUCGAUACCCUGCCAAACUUCCUGCUAGACUGUGACACUCUCAUUCAGAUGGAGAUGUUGCUCGAUUGGGGAACUCGCACGUACAGUUGGUUAGACUCUGACAAAACCCCGGUUUACAUCUUCCCAAGUUGGAUCGGUUCUUCAUUCGAUGACGACGACCCCAACACUUGUCUUACCCCGGAUCAGUUGACCCAAGCAGAUGUUUUUCCAGAAUUUGGCGAUGAUGAGGGUGACAACGCAGAGGAGCCUGAGGAAGAAGGCGACGAAGAGGACGAUGAGAUGCCCGAGGCUGAAGACCAUUUUGACCAACCUUCGGUGCAGCAGCCGAUGUAUCAACAUGACCAAAUCUAG